AUGACUGAUGAGGAGCCACAAUGUGCAUCUCAGGUGGGCUCCAGCCCCCAGCAGUCCAUCGAUGACUUGAACAAGUGGACUCUAUUCCUUGUUUCUCCUCUCAUACUUGAAGCAGAGCACAUUGCGUUUGUGACGGAGAGCACCUGGGCGCCCGACGAGCAUUUGCACGGACCACCUUCCUCUUCAGAGACAAUUGUCAAGUGGUCAGACUGCUGCCUGCCCUUAGCUUGCAGACCUGGGGAGCCUUAUCAGUUAAUUGCCCAAGCCAGUGUGGAUGACUUCAGCAAGCUGGGGGUGGCGUUCCUGGAAGAGAGACUCCAGAUAGCCCAUGGACUGGCCCCCCAGAAGAUCAUCUCGGUGCACUUGCAGGAUUCCACACUCGAGAAGCUGAAGGGUCAGGCCUCACACACGCAGGCUGCUACCCUGCCGCUGAGCCCCACAGCCUCAGGGAAGAGUCAGCCCCAGCCAGACGCGAUGGAGCACGGGGUCACAGAUGAGCCGAUGGAGCACGGGGUCACAGAUGAGCCCCAGGGCAGGCCGGGCGCCGGGGGUGCCCCUGGGAGCGAGCCAGCCGGGGAGAGCAAGCAGGGCGUGGGCCCCACCGGCCAUUGCCACCUCCAUCUGUCCAGCUGCCACGAGUGUCUGGAGCUUGAGAACAGCACCAUCGAGUCCGUCAAGUUUGCGUCUGCAGAGAACAUUCCAGAUCUUCCCUAUGAUUACAGCAAUGGCCGCCUGGAGGGCAUUGCUGAUGCCAUCUGCCCGGAGAGGGGAGGGAAGAGAGUCAACAUCACGGGAAAGGCCCCCAACAUCCUGGUGUACGUGGGCUCUGAGUCCCAGGAGGCCCUGGGCAGGUUCCAGCAGGUGCAGUCUCUCCUGGCCGACUGUGUGGAGCCUGACUGCUACACACUCUACCACCUGUCCAGGGACAGUGCGCUCCAAGACCCGUGGCCGGACAACUGUCUGCUCUUGGUCCUUGCCACCGGCGAGGCCAUCGCUGAAGACCUGCACCAGAAGUUCCUGGCCUACCUUUCCCAGGGCGGGAAGGUGUUGGGCCUCGCUUCUCCCUUCACCUUUGGGGGCUUGCAGGUGACAAGCAAGGAAGCCUUGCAGGACACUGUCCAGAACUUGGUUUUCUCCAAAGCCGACCAGAGCAAGGUGAAGCUCCGUGUUCUGGGCAGUGGCUGUGUUUACGAAGAGGGCCCCGGGGAGGGGCCCGGCCUGGGCCGGCUCCAGGGCCGCCUGGACAGUGAGGACGAGGACAGGCUGAUUGUGCAAGUGCCUUACGGGACGUGUGGAGGAGAAGCUGUUCUCUGUCAGGUGCACCUGGAGCUGCCGCCCGGCUCUGCCCUCGUGCGCACGCAGGAAGACUUUGACUUGCUCAAAGCCAGCAACACCCGGCGAUACGAAGUGCUCCAGGAGAUCCUGACGACCCUCGGCCUGAGCUGUGACGCUGGACACCUGCCUGCCUUAACACCGCUUCACCUGCUGUGCGCCACGCAGGAGAUCCAGGAUCCUCUUAUGCAGUGGCUCAGGCUGCAGGUGGAUCCUGAAGGCGUCAUACAGUCCAGCAAGCUCGCCCUUAAGUUCGUUUCCUCCUGUCCAUCUGAAGUAGAGGUCACCCCGUCCACCAUCCCUGUGGUCACAGACCCCAAAGCCUUCUCAUCGGAAAACUUCAACUUGGAGCUCUACCGGCAACAUCUGCAGACGAGGCAGCUUGGGAAAGUGAUUCUUUUUGCUGAAGUGACGACCAGCACGAUGAAUCUUCUGGAUGGGUUGAUGUUCAAGAUGCCGCAGGACAUGGGCCUGAUUGCCAUCGCCGGCCGCCAGACGCAGGGCAGAGGGCGGGGACGGAACGCUUGGCUGAGCCCCCUGGGGUCUGCCGUCACUACACUGCUGGUCUCCAUCCCCCUGAGGUCUCCGCUGGGGCAGAGGAUUCCAUUCGUCCAGCACCUGAUGUCCCUGGCCGUGGUGGAGGCAGUGCGGUCCCUCCCUGGGUACCAGGACAUCAACUUACGAGUGAAGUGGCCCAACGACAUUUAUUACGGGGACCUCAUGAAACUUGGUGGAGUCCUGGUGAACUCAACCCUCAUGGGAGAGACGUUCUAUAUACUUAUUGGCUGCGGAUUCAACGUGACCAACAGUAACCCCACCAUCUGCAUCAACGACCUGGUCUCGGAGCAUAACAAGCAGCAGGGGACCGACCUGCCGCCCCUGCGGACCGACUGCCUCCUGGCCAGGGCCGUGACCCAGCUGGAGAGGCUCAUCGACUCGUUCCAGGACAGGGGGCCGGACGGCAUCCUUCCGCUUUACUAUAAGUACUGGGUGCACAGCGCUCAGCGGGUCCGGCUGGGCGGGGUCGAGGGGCCAGAGGUGUCCGUGGUCGGCCUGGACGACUCGGGGUACCUGCAGGUUCACCAGGAGGGCGGCAAGGUGGAGACGGUGCACCCGGACGGGAACUCCUUCGACAUGCUCAGGAACCUCAUUAUCCCCAAGCAGCGCUAGGCUCGGGGUGCGGGGUGGGUUGGGACAGACCCCGGAUCCAGCCCACACGUCUGUAGAAGCAGCUGGGAGUGAGUGCAGGUGGAUUUUUACUCCCUGCCGGCAAGAGUCUGUCCAUCUCUUCGUUUGCUUCUGUCUGGGGUCAUCUCGGUGUUGGAAGAUUUUCUCCGUGGAGGGCUGGCGCUUGGCACUAGGCGUGAGCGAGUCGGCUUCCUUCUUGGGCCUGCAGGUGUGUUGCGGGUUCUCCUCCUGCCCGAAAUGUUUGCCUGUGGAAGCAGCGGUGGAAUCAUUCAAACUACUUUUCCAGCAGUAGAAGCCUUUAUCCCUAGACUAAGACAAGUACAGCAAAUGACCUGUGGGACCCAGGCCAGUAUGCCAUUUCGCGCCCGUUUCGAUGCAGCAGGGAGGGGGUUUCCUGUGGGCCAUAUGCUGGCACUUCGCAGAUGUUUUAAUUUUUGUGAGUGAAGCAAAGAGAAAGUGACUUACGUUAAGGGCCCUUCCAGGUCUGGCGCUUGGCGGCUCAGUGCCAUUAAGGCCACAGCUGCAGGGACAUGUCCCCCCUCCCCCCCCCACCGCGGUACGGUGACUGGGGGACCUUGUGGAGGAAACCAGCUAAUGAAGUUGACAUUAUUUUAAAAGCGCUCCCUUCUUAUGUAACAUUGCACAUUCUGGGGUGUUGGUGAAGCCUUGCUGGGAUGGAGGGUGCUGGCCUGGGCUGUGCCCCGUGGGGCUGUAGGCCCCCUCGCCUACUCUUCCACAGAGACCGGACCUUCAGGCCCGUUCCAGGCUUGCUUUGAAAUGUGGGGUGCGAGAAUGCAGUACAGUUCUGGUAUUUCACUGUAAACCAUACUUUUCGGCCCCCUUUUUUCUGUAUUGCCACAAAAAAAUUGUUACUGAUCUAUAAUGCCACCAUUGGCCAUGCUGUGUGCGCACCCGAGCGUGUGAAGCCUUGGAAGAUGUUCAAAUCUGAUGCCCUAAAAUCUCCCUGAAGAACAAAAGGAAGGAAGCCUUUGAUGUGCACAUGCUCGGUCCAGAUGUCCGUGCGCUUCCCACGGCACUCCUGUCUCUGGAACUGGGGAACCACACUGCUCCUCGGCCUUAAAAGACCCGUUUUUGUCCACUUUUCUCUCUUCUUGCCAGUUCCAACUGAAAUCAAUGGAAAAAAAUCUCCCCAAGCUCUCAGCUUUGAACAGAACCCCCUCAGUGCACCCAGCCCCCUCUUUAGCCAGCCCUCACCCGUCUGGCUCAUUCCAGAAACUUGUGGUUUUCAGUAUAAAUUCUGUCUACCUUAAGCCAAGCACACAGCGCCCCAUAGGAAGGAAAAAAAUAACAUGUUUAGUUAAGUAUACUAGUCCAAUAUGUGUUUUUUGGAAAUGAAACUUUAAAAGAACUUCAAAAGCAAUUUUUGCAAAUAAGGCUUCAAUGAGAAUUAGUUUUCUCAGAAAAAAAAAAAAAGUAUCUCCUAAAUACUCAAGUCUUCAUUGGGAAUUAGUGGCAGGUUUACAUAAAUGUCCACAUCACCCCCAAAUUACGAAAUGGACUCCCCCUCGACAGGGCGUCUGCAAAAUAUCACCAGGAAGAACCAUCUCCCGCAAAUGUCGCAAGUUUCAUUUCUCAAACUUUGCAAUAUAAAGCAAGUCAUCGCUCAGAACUGCCAUCAUUGCUUUCUGAGGCUCUUUGGGGGUGGGGGGUUAUUUAAUGAAAAACAUGCUAUGUUUUGUUUUAAGCCGAAGCCCUAUUCUAGACAGUUCUCCUUUGGGGGAAAAUGUUAUCAUUUAAUUUCCUUUUGGUAAAUUAAAACUAAUGAGGUGUGGCUGUGUCACAGCGGACGGCAAUGUUGGGGUGUAUCGCUCUGCUCUGCGCUUCUAAGACUCUUCUUCCUAGUCCCGACACCCAGUGGUCCCGAGCAAGACAAAACAAACCUGAAGCUGAUGCUGCAUUUUUCAUCAACCUGAUUUUUGCUUCUGAUGAACCAAAGACGUUUAAAAUUCUGCUUCCUAUAGAGCAGCUGGAGAAAGGCAUUUUACCUGUGGCUGUUAGCAUUAGGGCAACCUUUCUGUUUGUCAUAGAUCUGGGACAUUUAUGUGCCCAGAAAUCUGUGAUCGAGGAUCUUUAAAGUCUUAACAGAAGCUUUGCAUUUUCUUCUCCAUCUGGAGACCCAACAAACUCAGGAUUGACGUGUGCUGUUGGGGCGCUGAACUGUCUCCAGUUUCGAGGCUAUGCGUUGAGAAUCUGUAGGGUUCUAUAGAAGACAAGGCAUCCUCCCUUCUGGUAUGGUAGCAUACUACAGAGGAACUCAAGGGGAGGUGAACCCUGAAAUAGGGCACAGCGAUGUCUGGGCUUGGCAGGAUGGGAUCCCUGCUCAGCAGAGCUCCCUGGCGCGGGGAUACCCUGGCAGCUGUCAGAGGGGUGGUCAGAGCAGGAAGAAUUUGGGUCCAGCAUAAGAGAGCGGGGUUUGCUGGUCUGUGGUUGAUUGUGCCUGAUGUGGGAGCAAGUGGCUCAACGGGUAGGGUACACAGGCCAGGUGGGGGUUGCGGGCAGCCCCCCUGCCCACCCUCGCGUCUUGGGGCCAGGAGACAAGCCCGCCUCACCCAGCAGUGUAGAAUGAAAGGGAGACAUUUCAGGCUUGCGUCCUGCUGACCUGCUGGCUUAAUAGGCAGAAAAUGGAGAAAGCUUUUUCCUGGAUAAUGACUAUGCAUAUUUGAAAUAAAAGUGUAAACCUUUGCAUUUUUAGCUUUUCAAGGAAUUGUCUCUGAAAAGUAUUUUAAACCAAUGCCUAUAAAAGCAAGUUUACCAAAAUAAACUUUAAGACUUUC